GUAUUCUUUGUCUUUCCUUUUACCAUCCUGCCCUUUACAUUCUUUGAGGGCUUGUUCGUCAUCGCAGGUCGAUUCUGCAUUUCUCUCCUUUCUAUCUGACUCGACGGCCUUGACGGUUGUUUUCCAUUCUCUUCACCCUGAUCUUGACCGAUCGACCAGCUUUGCUAGUCACCUUCCUUCAUUAUAUAGCAUUUCACAUUUACUGCAGCACUAGCAGCGCACUAUUCCAAUUCAUAUCACAAUGUCUUCUUCCCUCAUGCGAAGGGUGGGUUCCCUCGCCGCCUCCGCGAUCAUCUUCCCCGGCAUCGCCCAUGCCGCCAGCAACUACAAACUCAAGGAGUCCUGGGAAGGCGAGAAGAUCCUUAAUCACUUCCACUUCUUUGACAACGCCGACCCCACCAACGGUUUCGUCACCUACGUCAAUCAGAGCUACGCAGAGUCCGCCGGCCUCGUCAAGACCACCGACAGCGGGAGCCUCUAUUUAGGUGUUGACUAUGAGAACGUUCUCACCGUAGACGGCCCGGGCCGUGAGUCUGUCCGCAUCGAGAGCAACGAGUAUUACGACCAGGGGUUGUACGUCGUCGAUAUCCAACACAUGCCCGGCAGCAUCUGCGGCACAUGGCCAGCCUUCUGGACCGUUGGCCCCGACUGGCCGACGGACGGUGAGAUUGAUAUUAUCGAGGGAGUGAACAAGCACGAUGCGAACAAGAUCGUGCUGCACACUAGCGAUACUUGUGACGUUGGUGGUGGCUACAAGAUGACCGGCGACAUGACCUCAAGCGAAUGCGGCGAAGCUUCAGGAACUAUCGGAUGCGUUGUCCAAGGCAAGCAGGGCUCCUCCGGCGACCCUUUCAACGAGCAAGGUGGUGGAGUCUAUGCCAUGGAAUGGCAGGAAAAGUACCUCAAGAUCUGGUACUUUCCCCGGUCUUCGAUCCCCGAGUCCCUCACUGCGGGCACCCCUGACGUUUCGUCUUUUGGCACUCCUAUGGCUCACCUCCAGGGCUCCUGCAACUUCAAGGAACGUUUCACCCAUCAGAAGCUGAUCCUCGACACAACAUUUUGCGGUGACUGGGCGGGCGGUGUUUUUGGGGACAGCGGAUGCCCCGUCAGCGACCCCAGCGACCCAAUGCUGAGUUGCAAGAACUAUGUUGCCGAGAACCCGGCUGUAUACAAGAACGCUUACUGGGAGCUGAACUCUAUUAAGAUCUACCAGCUUGGUGGGACUGCUGAGGUGGAGGGCACCCAGUCCGCUGCCGCCGAGUCUACUGCCGCCGAGGCCACUGCUGCCGAAACGACUGCUGCUGCGACGCAGACGGCUAAUGGGGGCUCAAUUGAGGAGAUUACUACCAGCACCCACAGCGUUACCCGGACAAAGACCGUGAGCGCCACGCACUCAACUGAGACUGCCGCUGUAACUGAGACUGCUGCUGCAACUACGGCUGCCGCCAGUGUUGCUUCGGAAGUUGACGCAACCAACACGCAACCCGUCUCCAAGACUAAGAGCACCAGCUACGUCACCUCCACAACCACACUAUGUCCCGUCGAGAGCUCCCAGGCGGCCGCCACGGAAUCCGUCUCCAGAACAAAGACAACCAGCUACGUGACGAUCACGACGACGCUCUGCCCAGUCGAGAGCCUGCAGACUGCCAAUGCCGUUCCCAGCGCAAAGGCCUCAACAGACGCAGCUGCAGCCACAACCCCGGCGGCUGAACCUCACCCAUCCAACGCGGAGACCCCCGCAGACUCGAAGAGCUCUGCAGACGCCGUGACCGCCCAAGCCACGAAGACAACCAUCGCCGUGAACACCCCUAACCCGGCGACCGACUCAGCCUCUUCGGUUCCUCCAGAUAGCAUCGUCUACACAGCGCCAGAAGUGACCAGCAGCUCGUCCGUUCCACUGUUCACUAUCGUCUCGUCCUCCUCGCAGUUCGUGACUGUCCCUACUGCGGCCCCAUCGUCCUUCGAGCCUACGGACGCUGUGCGCGACGGAGCCGACAGCUACAGCACAGCUGCAUCCCCGACGACGCCGUCCAACCCCGUCUUCACGGGUGUAGGUAGCAAGGUUUCUAUCAGCGCGUCUGUAGCCAUUGCUGCCUUUGUGAUGCUGCUGCUCGUCAAUUAGAUGCUUUCGUUCAAGGUGGCUUUCUUAGUACACUCUUUGUCUGAAUACCCA